AUGAUGCUCUUGGCAUAUCUUGUAGUGCUUCAAGCCGCUGCAGUCGCAGUCUCGCAAAAGACCUUCUCUACAGUCAAUUGGAACGGGCAGCUUGACGCAGAAUCGGGUGUUCUCCAAUCUUUGAAACCAAAAUCGGACUCAUCCUACGAUUUCAGUCCUCUCGACUACUAUCAUUUCCGCCGCGGCAACGGCAAUUACCAUACUGGUGAUGUAGCCUUGCGCUGGAGAGUCGCCGGCCAAUCUGGCUGGAACGAUUUCAACACUGCCGCAAAUCGUUCUAACGGACGGAAAUCAGGAGCAUAUUUCAAGAUCGUACGAGAUUGGGGACAGAUUCAAGGAGACCUGGCUCUGAACGUCACCGUCGUCAAUCCUUCGGCCUCGCAGUCUAUCGAGCUGGGUAGCUUUGGGUUUCCUAUCGAGUUCAACAACAUCUUUCUCAACCGAACCGCGGAUGAGGUCACAGCCAAAUGUAGUCUCGUCGACCCAUAUGUUGGGCUACAUGCUGGUUAUGCGCAAGUUACAAGAUUAACAGGAACGGGACCAAAUCUCAUAAUUACACCCUUGGGCUUGGAUACGAAGUUCGAAGCGUGGCGGUUCUUGGACGAAUUCGAAGGGGCCCCUCUCUACUAUCGUGAAACAACGUUUGAAGGAUUGUAUUCCCUCGAAGUCCUCUCGAAGGCCUACGCAGAGAACGAGUGGAACAGUACCCAACCGUGGAAUAUUCCAACAUCCAUGACACUUGCUGCAAACAAGUCUGUCACCUUUGGCCUCCGAUUCUCAUCGACCCAAAACCUGUAUGACAUCGAAGCAACUGUAUCAUCUGUCGGACGGUCGGUGGCUGUAGGCAUUCCUGGCUACGUUCUACCCCAAGACAUUAACGGGCAAUUGUUCCUCAAGCACAACGCCGCCUUGAAAUCUAUCUCUGUUGAGCCUCAGGGUGUUCUUCAAAUUGAGUCCUCAGGGACCAGGAACCAAUGGAAUGCAUAUGCAGUAUCCGCCGGAUCAUCUGCUUUUGGCCGUGCACGUGUGACGGUGGUUUACACAGAUGGUCUUACCCAAACCAUUCACUACACCGUCACCGACACCUCAAUUAAUACUGCCAACAAGAUGGCCAGCUUCUUUACAGAAAAGUCGUGGUACACAGAUACAUCCGACCCUUUCAAGCGCGCCUACUCAAUUAUUUCCUACGACUACGAAGCCGGAGCUCAAGUCCUACAAGACGAUAGAGUUUGGAUCGCAGGUAUUGCAGAUGAAGCUGGCUCCGUCUAUGAAGCUAUCGCUUUCAAGACUUCGGUUCACCCGAAUCCAGCACAGGUGGAGAAACUUGAGCAAAUGGCCCUUACCUCGAUAUGGGGUCAACUACAGGAGAAAGAUGGUGAGACUAAGUACGGCGUGAAGAGAAGCUUGUUCUUCUACGAGCCAAAUGCCGUUCCAGGGUUCAAGUACACCAUUGACUCGGGUUGGGAUAAAGCCGCCGCAUUCUCGGUGUGGAGAGCUUACGAUUAUGUCCACGUUUCAGCACUGUACUAUUCUUUGUACCGAGCCAACAUUGCCUCGCCCGGUAUCCUAACGAAAAAGCCCGCUUUAUGGUACUUGGAGCAAGCGUACCAUACCGCGAUGGCUUCGCAGGCGAAGUACAAGAAUGGAACUGAUGUUACGGCGUACGCAGACACUGGACUGAUGGGUGAGACUAUGUGGACGCAUAUACUCACGGACUUGAAGAUAGAAGGCAAGACGGCCGAAUAUAACAAUAUGUCCGCCACGAUGAAAGCUAGACAGCAUGUCUGGUCUACCCAAUCAAGCCCUUUCGGAAGUGAGAUGGCUUGGGACUCGACUGGCCAGGAGCCUAUCUACUCGUGGUCGAGAUACUUCAACGACACGGCAACUAUUGACAAGACCUUGAACUCCAUUCGUGGGUAUAUGCCUACCAUUCGCCAAAUUGAGCGUAUGAUACAUCACUACGGCUCUGGCGCAAACUCCGUCCCGCUCCUCGACUCAUACAAAUACAACAAAGAGCCUUCCAGUGCCGCAGCUCUCUACGAUUUGCGAGUUGGGUAUGGCGGCCACAUGGGUACGCUAAGCAAUGUGAACCAAGACGGCUUCGCUGCGACAGCUUUCCAUUCUAUGCCAGAUCUGCUGAAAUGGGAUGGGUAUUCGGGAGACUACGGUCCAAACUACAUGGGUCAUAUUCAUGGAGCAUGUUCGUUCUUGGUACAGCACCCGGAGUUUGGAUGGCUAGCAUUUGGGGGCAACAUCCAGACCUCCGGUUCCUCGCGAUGCACCUACAUCGCCGCACUGGGACUGGAGGUCAGAAUCGACAGCGGCAGGAUCAGUAAUGUCAACUUCGACUCAGCCUCGAACACGGCUUCUCUUGACAUCGAGACUGCUGAUUCGAGCGCUUCCACGGCGACAAACAUGACAUACCAGGAUACACUUGGAAAGAACGUGGUGUUGAACACGGGAGGACUAGACACCAACGUGAGAGGUCAUCAGAUCCCCUUCGGACAAAAGAUACAAUUCUCUCUUGGUCCAGCGCAUUACUAG